GAAAACAUCCCGUUUAUUAAGCAGUUGGUGUCUGAUGAGUACCAAGCCCAGUUAGCAAGUAAACGGAACCCCCUGAAGGAUGAGCCGUGGCCUAUACAUCCUUGGGAACCAGGUUCUGUUCGAGUUGGCCUGAUUGCACUGAAGCUGGGCAUGAUGCCCUUGUGGACCAAGGACGGUAAAGAGCAUGUGGUCACGUUACUGCAGGUACAAGACUGCCAUGUCUUAAAAUACACACCAAAGGAGAGUCACAACGGGAAGACGGCCGCACUGACCGUUGGGGGGAAGACGGCGUCGCCCUUCCAUAAAUCUCCAUCCAUAUUGGAAUUUUACCAAGAACUUGGAUUACCGCCAAAACAGAAAAUUAAAAUCUUUAAUGUCACAGAAAAUGCUGUAAUUAAACCAGGCACUCCUCUCUACGCUGCCCAUUUCCGUCCAGGACAGCAUGUGGACGUCACCGCCAAAACGAUUGGUAAAGGCUUCCAAGGGGUCAUGAAAAGAUGGGGAUUUAAAGGCCAGCCUGCGACUCAUGGUCAAACGAAAACCCACAGGAGACCUGGAGCGAUUUCCACUGGAGAUGUCGCCAGAGUCUGGCCCGGGACCAAGAUGCCUGGACAGAUGGGAAACCAGGAUCGGACAGUGUUGGGACUGAAGGUGUGGAGAAUAAACACCAAGCACAACAUCAUCUACGUGAACGGCUCUGUCCCCGGACACAAGAACUGCUUAGUGAAGGUCAGAGAUUCCUUCUUACCUGCUUACAAAGAUGACUGUAAAAACCUACCAUUCCCGACGUAUUUUCCUGACGGGGACGAAGAGGCGCUCCCAGAGGAUCUGUAUGAGGACAGCAUGUGUCAGCCCGGGGCGCCGUCGCUCACCUAUGCCUGA